AUGGUGAAAGAAGAAGAAGAGUCUGCCGCGAGGCAAGGCGACGCAAUUACAAAGGACUACCAAGAUCCGCCACCGGCUCCGUUAAUAGAUCAGCAAGAGCUAAUCAGAUGGUCAUUUUACAGGGCAGUGAUCGCAGAAUUCAUAGCCACAUUGUUAUUCCUCUACAUCACCAUCCUUACAUGCAUCGGCCACAAUAGCCAAACCGAUCCCAACAAUCCCGACACCAACCAAUGCGAUGGCGUCGAUACUCUCGGCAUUGCAUGGGCCUUUGGUGGCAUGAUCUUCGUCCUCGUUUACUGCACCGCCGGCAUUUCAGGUGGACAUAUUAAUCCGGCUGUGACAUUCGGGCUGUUCGUGGCAAGGAGGGUGUCGUUAAUCCGAUGUAUUAUGUACAUGGUCGCGCAGAGUGUGGGCGCGGUAUGUGGCGUAGGAUUGGUGAAGGCCUUUCAAUCGGCUUACUUUGACAGGUACGGUGGUGGUGCCAACGAGGUCGGAUCAGGAUACAGUAAUCGUACCGCACUUGGAGCCGAGAUCAUUGGCACUUUUGUUUUAGUCUAUACCGUUUUCUCAGCCACGGAUCCAAAGAGAAGCGCUAGGGACUCACAUGUUCCCGUAUUGGCUCCGCUUCCUAUUGGAUUUGCGGUUUUCGUGGUUCAUUUGGCGACAAUUCACAUCACCGGCACCGGAAUCAACCCGGCUAGGAGUUUUGGGGCUGCAGUCAUCUAUGAUAACAAGAAGGUGUGGGAUGACCAUUGGAUAUUCUGGGUUGGACCAUUAAUUGGGGCAACAGUAGCAGCAAUUUAUCAUGAAUAUAUUCUUAGAGGAACAUCUAUCAAAGCUGCCUUGACUUCAUUCAGGAGCAGCAAUACCAUGAGUUCUUUCAGGAGGUUUGGAUCUCAGAUUUCUUCAUCUUCUGUUGAGAGAAGCAUCGUUUUGCCAAUGGCGAUGGCUAUUCUCUUGGUGCUUCUCUCACUCAUCACAAUGACUACAUCUCAAGAUCCGUCUCCUCCAAUUCCUAUACCACCGAGCCCUUCCCCCGGCGCGCCACUUAGUCCUACACCAUCGCCUGAAUCGAUUUCUUCUCCCCCUGCGCCUCCACCAGAUCUACAUAGUCCUGCCUCUCCACCGUCUCCAACAAGUGAAGAAUCUCCAUCUCCAGCUCCAGCUCCUGCGCAUGGAUUUGCUGCCCCGAGGAUCGGCGUCGGUAACUUAGUGGAGGAGGAGACGUCAAAGGAAAAAUCUGGAAUGAGCGCCGGAAAGAAGGCCGGAAUUGCAUUUGGAGUGAUUGCUGGUCUAUGCGUAGUAGGAUUUGCAGGAUUCGUGUAUAAGAAGAGGCAGCAAAACAUAGAACGAUCUCAGUACGGCUAUGGCGCUAGAAGAGAGAUUCCUCUAUCCUCAUUCUAA